UUUCAUGUAUGUAUUUUGAAAUAUUAUUUGAUUGAAUUCUAAGUUAGCCGGUAGAAUUCGUAUUUAUGGCAUAUAUUGUCAUACCAAACGUGUAUAAGGAGGUAUCCAUGAAGUUCCUAUGAUGUUAAUAGAGACUUUUAGGAUCUCGAUACGUUUGGUAGUGGGAAGGACUCGGAGGGAUGAAUUUGAACCAUUCAAGUUAGAAGCAUUUUGUGCGACGCUGCGGCCGGUUCUUUUAUUCUCCAAGUUACAAAGAAUACGUGAAGACGUUAAUGUACAUAAGCACUUCAAUUUAUUGCGAUUAUGUCGUUUGCGUAUUUGUUAUUUAUAUGCAGCUUCUUAUGGAUUUCGGUUAAUAGCAGCAAGGCAGAACAUGGCAGUUCUGGCAAAAUUGAAGCUUCAUCCAAAAUAUGUCAACAUAUUAAGACAACCCUUACAGGACAUGCGUGUUUCUGUCCACCCGGGUAUAAAUUGCAAGAGAAUAAUACAUGUACAGAUAUCGACGAGUGUCAGACUUACGGGAUAUGCGAUCAAGGAUGCGAGAAUCUCCCAGGAUCAUACAAGUGUUUCUGUCAUCCGGAUUAUUCAUUGCAGGAUGACAAAAAAACUUGCAUAGCUGAUGGUCAAGAGGCUAUAUUGUUGUUUUCUACGAAAACGGAUAUUUUCGAAUACUAUUUCGGUUCGCAAAAACACUUUAACGUGGUGAAAAACUUAGACCACAUCGUCGAUGUGGUUGUAAACGAAGAUUACCUGUAUUGGUCUGAAGUGAAGGGAAAUGAGAGCUCUGUGAUUAAGAGAUUUAAUAUUCAUACGCGUGAGAAGCACGAAACAAUCAUUGCAGGUCUACACAAGGUGACGAGUUUAGCUGUGGAUUGGAUCACGGGAAAUAUAUAUUUUACUGAUUCCGGCUACUUCCGUAUCGGAGCUUGCAAUGAUAAGGGCACAUACUGCACCGUAGUAAUCGAUACUCACAAUAGGGAACCGAGAUCACUUGUCUUGUUACCGACUAAAGGAUUAAUGUAUUACUUUGAAGAAGAAAUUAAUGUUACAAAAGAAAUAAAAGUGGUAGGAAUGGAUGGAAAAAACAUGACAACUCUGUUUAAACCAGAAUUUUUUACGGAAGCAUUGGCUAUUGACUAUCCAAACAAUCGGUUGUACUGGCUAACCAAAGGAGCGAUCCAAUCAGUAAAAUUAGAUGGCACAGAUGAAAGAAAGAUAUUAUAUUUUCCUUCGAUGUCUGCGAUUUCCUUUACGGUUUUCGAGAAUAAAUUGUACUGGAGCGAUUCCGAAUAUAACUCAAUACGAUCAUGCGAUAAAUUUUUCGGAAAAGAUUGCAAAAUCUUACUUCGCACAAUGAACAAUGCCAUAUCUUAUGGUAUGCACAUCGAUCAUCCAGCGAUGAAAUCCAAAGUUUCAAAUCCAUGUCAUACGAAUCCAUGUUCCCAACUGUGUUUGUUGAAUCGGAACAAUAGCUAUACGUGCGCCUGUUCCAUGGACUAUAUAUUGGACACCGAUCGACAUACUUGUCUAGACGGGAAGAAGCAAUAUCUUGUCAUCAUUGCUGGAAAUACAUUCAUAAAUUAUUAUUACAAGAUAUUAGGAACGCCGAAAGUAACUACGAGUACUGUUUCAAAUAAUAUUUCAAUCACUGAAGCAAUUUACGAUCAACUCACUGGCACUAUACUUGCUAUCGAUCAGUAUAAUCACUAUGUCAUUCGCUAUGAUCCGAAAGACGGCAAUAUUACUAAUCUCAUAUCGAUCGAAGAUAUGAUAGUGGGAGGAAUGGCAUUUGAUUAUAUUGGUAAUAAUGUGUACUUGUCGAACUUAAAACACCGAAGUAUUGAAGUACAUAGUUUGACAACUAAAAAAAAUACGAUCUUUUAUUUCUUAAGUGAAGAGCCUCAUUCUAUCGAAACAGUGCCUACAAAAGGCAUAAUGUUUGUGACGUUCAAAACAGAAAUCUCGUUUUUCUUCAAUCUUCAAAAGUUACGUGGAAUAAACAUGAAUGGACUCUCAGGAGAAAAAUUUGGAGCUGUAGUGCUAGCUGAUAAUGCUGAUAAUGCUGAUUCGUCAAGAUUGCUAUUGCGUUACGAUUUGAACUCGUCUACAUUAUUUACAAAUUAUAAAUGUAUUGUCCUACACAUGGUUGAACCGAUAAAAUGCAAAACUACAUCAAACAGUGCGGCAGUAAGUUUUGACGUCACUGAAGAUAGUAUUUUUUGGACUGAACACAAUUCGACACUGUUAUAUCGGAAAACUAUACGCCAAACAAUAUUUGACGAUAAGCAUAUUGUAUUAACUAUGCCUGUAGAUAAAGUGGAAAAUCCACUUGUGGUAAAUGUGCGUGGAAUGGUUAUCCACAAGAAGAAAGGUUGUUUGCAAAAUAAUGGAAACUGCUCACAUGUGUGCUUGCCUUCUUCUCUUCAAUCAUUUAUUUGCGCUUGCCCUCCCGAAAUGGCACUAAGCGCGGAUAAUCGUACAUGUAUUGUGCCGACGUGUCCUAUUCUCACAAUUAAAUGCAGUGAGCAUGACGUUUGCAUAAAGCCGGAACAAUGGUGCGAUGGCCACAAGGAUUGUCCGAAUGGUGAAGACGAGGAAAGCAAUUGUAAGGAGAGUGGUAUUUGCGAGGAAAAUGAAUUUAUGUGCAAUGAUCACACGUGCAUAAAUGCGAACAAACGUUGCAAUUUUCAUAUUGAUUGCAUUGAUAAGUCGGAUGAGCAGAAUUGCUCGGAAAAGCAAUGCAAAACAGGAGAAUUCCGGUGCCAUACAGGAGGAAGAUGUAUACCGCCUUCUUUAGUGUGCAACGGCUUUUAUGACUGUCCUGAUCUUUCUGAUGAGGAACACUGCGUUACUCAUAAAUGCUCUUCGGACGAGUUCAUGUGCGACAUGGGAAAAUGCAUUCCGAAGAAUUGGAAAUGCGACAACGAAUUGGAUUGUCCGGACGGUUCGGAUGAAGCUGAGGAUUGUCACUUCAAAAACAUUUGCGGCCCUGACUACUACGAGUGCGCUAAUGGUCGUUGCAUAUCUAAUUCAUUGAUAUGCAAUCACAUCAAUGAUUGCGUUGAUUAUAGUGACGAGAAAUAUUGUACGAGAUCUGGUUAUUCUCGUAAUUGCACCGAGAACGAAUAUCUGUGUAUGAACUCUGGUAUAUGUGUUUCGAAGAAAGCGAAAUGUAACGGGAUCCAGGAUUGCCCGAGAAAUGACGACGAAUUUCGUUGCGCGUACUGUUUCAAGAACGAAUUCAAAUGUAAAAAUCAGAAGUGUAUCUCGAAGAAGAUGGUAUGCAACAACGUGGACGACUGCGGCGAUAAUUCGGAUGAGACAGACUGUAGCAAUGACAAGAAAAAUCCCAAAGACUGUAAUCAAUUCAAAUGCACCAACGGCAUUUGUUUGUCGUUUAAUAAAGUGUGCGACGGUAUUAAAGACUGCCCGGACGGUAGCGACGAAAAACAUAGAAGUUGCUCAAUAGCUUGUCAAAAUGCUAAAUGUGAAGACCUGUGUCACAAUACACCGAACGGCACUGUUUGCAGUUGUCGAUCUGGAUAUAGCUUGGAUUCCGACGGGAUAUCUUGUAACGAUAUAAAUGAGUGCCAACAAAAUGUUUGUUCGCAGAAGUGUGUGAACACUGUGGGAUCGUACGAAUGUUCGUGCAUAGACGAAUACUCUCUUCGUACUGAUAAAAUUUCUUGCAAAUCUAUCGGACCACAGAUGCAAUUUAUCACCACCACCCUUCAGAAUUUGUGGAAAAUAUCGGCUGAUGGGUCUAACUCUGUUGAGGUAGUGCAUGAUGGAUCAUUGAUUUCAAUCAUCGAUAUAGUUACGAAUGCACGCGAUGAUGCUGUUUAUUGGAGUGACGGGGAUGGUGCUAUUUUGAAAAUCGACGUUGAAACGCAAGAAAUCUUGACCAUAGACGGCCUGACUGCGGGAAACCUUGCGGUUGAUUGGAUCACUAAUAAUGUCUACUACAGCGUCAAGGAUAUAUUCCAAAGGAAUCUUCCGAUUGUGAUUGGGGUAUGCAACUUCGAACAACAAAAAUGUGCAGUGGUGAUCCGGCUAGGUUAUCAAUUGAAAAUAACGACCCUCGCAGUCAACCCAUUAAUAGGUUAUAUAUUUUGGUUUCGAGAGGAUGGGCCCGAGGGCAUGGGGAUAUGGCGGGCAAACUUGAUGGGCACCGACAUAAAGAAGAUCGUCUCUAGGAGUGACACUUCCAUAAUUAACAUGGCGAUCGAUCAUAUAAGAUCCAGAUUAUAUUGGAUGAGCAUGCACAACAACACUAUUGAAUCGUGCAAU